AUGGAAGAUGAAGAAUUUAUAACAUGUAGGAAGGCUGAAGAUUGUAUGACUGAUAGGUUAACAAAUUUUAAAGAAGAUAUAUCCAUGAAUAGUGAUAAAAAUAUUAAUAAAUGUGUCAAUUUGAAUGAUGAAAAAUUACCCCUUAAUACUGUGAAUAGUGGAAAAGUCAUAAAAACGUCAAAUUCAUCUUUUUUAGAAGAUGAAACUAAACAAAAAUCAUUCACAUCAUAUUUAACAUUAAAAGGAAUGUUUCGUUUAUUUGGUAAUACAGUUGCUAAAAAAUCAUACCAUUUUAUUGUAAUCUCAGCAAUAAUUUCACUUUGGAGUAUUGGUUUAUGUAAAAUGAAUUUACGGGAUAGAAUUCGGGAUGGGUAUACACCUACAAAUAGUCCUAGUAGAUAUGAAACAGAUGUAUUUAGAGAAUUUUGGAAUUCAUCUAGUGAUCCAAUUAUGACUGUAUGUACAUUAACAUCAAAAGACAAUAAUUCUAUGUUAAGGGAAGAAUAUAUUUUUGAAGCAAGAAGAAUAUUAAAUUUCAUGCAAAAUACAUUUAAAAUAAUUCCAUAUUUUAAAAAUAAAAAUGAAAAAAAUACAAAUAAAAGUUAUUCAUAUUUAGAAUUUUGUGAACCUUUUUGUUAUGCAAAUAUGGCAUUAGAGAUGUUUGCUGAUGGUUUAAAUAGAAGUAUAAAAGCUAUUGAAAAUAAUAAACCAUUACCUGAAGAAGUUACAUUAACUUAUCCAAUAAUAACAAUUGAUGAAUAUGAAAUUCAUUUGGAAAGAACAUUUUUUGGAGUUGUUAAAAAAGAAUAUCCAUCAUCAAAAAAUAUUUAUGUUAAUAAAUCUAUUUUUUAUAAUUCUAAUGAAUCAUUUAAUGGAUAUAAUAGGAUACAAUCAAUUACAAAUAUGAAAUCAAUUUCAGUUAUAUUUCUUGUCUUUCGUGGUGAAGCUAAAAGUGAAUUUCAGGAAAAAAUUUUAUAUCAAUGGGAAAAAGAAAUUUUUAAAUUUACUCAAGAAAAUAAAAAUUAUAGUUCUAUUAUAAAUAUAAAUGUUGCUGGAACUGAGAUAUUAGAUGAUGAAAUGAUGAGAGAUGGUAAAAAAAUAACUCCAUAUUUUGCUGCUGGUUUCCUUUUUAUGAUAAUUUUUGUUGCUUCUAAUGUAGGUAUUGGAGCAAUUUAUUAUAAUUCUAUUGAUGUUGGAAAAAUAAUAGUAGCAUUAGGUUCUAUUAUGUGUCCAAUUCUUGCUAUUACAAGUACUUAUGGAAUGAUAAGUGCUUUUGGAAUGAGAACUAAUAGUUUUAUGUUAGUUAUGCCAUUUCUUGUAAUGGGAAUUGGUGUUGAUGAUGCCUUUUUAAUGAUUCAUUCAUUUCAAAGACUUGGAAAUCAAGGAUUUAAUAAAAUUGAUAGAAUGAGUGUUGUAUAUGAAGAGGUUGGUCCAAGUAUAACAAUUACAAGUUUGACAAAUUUUAUUAGUUUUCUUAUUGGUGCUACAACUCCAACACCAGAAAUACGAAUGUUUUGUAUUGCAACUUCAAUAGCAAUGGCACUUGGUUAUAUUUAUGAAUUAAUAUUAUUUGGACCAAUAUUAACAAUAGCAUCAACAUUUGAAAAAGAUGUAUUUUCAAAAAUUGUAUCACCAUUAUCUUCAUCAUCAUCUAUAACAUUAACAAGUUCAUGUAAAAAUAAUAAUAAAAUACCAAAAAAUGAAAGUUCUUGGAGAGUAUAUGUAGAUAAACUUCAACAUCGAUGGUUACAUCAUUAUUGUAAUUUAGUUAGAAAUCCAAUAUGGUUUUUAUUUCUUUCAGUAAUAGUAAUAAUUUAUCUUUAUUUUGUUAUAAUUGGUUCAAUUAAUAUUAAAACAAAAUUAGAUGCAGGAAAAAUAUUACCAUCAGAUUCACCUCUUCAAGUUACAAAUGCACAAUUAGAAAAUAUUAUUUGGAAAUUUUAUCAUCCAGCAACUAUUAUUGUUAAUAAUCCAAUUGAUAUAACAAGUAAAAAAGAAAUGGAAAGAUUUGAUCAAUUAGUUAAUGAAUUUGAAAAUCUUAAAGAAUGUAAAGGAUCAUAUGCUAGUAUGAUAUGGUUAAGAGAUUAUAAGAAAGCUUGGAAUACAACUUCAGCAUAUGAAAAAUUUGUAAAAUUAUUAAAUUUUGAUUUUGAGGAUAAAAAAAGGACAACAACAAGUGAAACUGGUAUUGAUUGGAGUUAUAUUGAUGGAUUUUUAGAAGAUCCAUUAUAUAAACAUUGGAGAACAUUUGUAAAACUUAGAAAAGAAAAUGUUCUUGAUUGGAGUAUAAAAAAGGGAAAUGAAACUAAAAAAGAAAUGAUAAAUCAAAAUGUUGUUGUUAAAUUUUGGUUUACAGUUUCAUAUGAAAAUGUUUCUACAUGGGAUCAAAGAAUUAAAAUUCAACAGGUAUGGAGAAAAAUUGCUGAAUCAUAUUCAGAUUUAAAUAUUACUGUUUGGGAAGCUAAUGGAAUGUUUGUUGAUCAAAUGUUAUCAUUAAAAUCUGUAGCUAUUUCAACAGGAAUACUUACUUUAUCAGUUAUGACAAUUGUUUGUGCUAUUUUUAUUCCAACAUUAUCUGUAAUAACAGCUAGUUUAGCAAUUGUCUCAAUAUCAACAGGAGUUUUUGGUUUUUUAAAUUAUUGGGGUUGUGAUCUUGAUCCUGUUGUAAUGGCAGCUGUCUUAAUGUCUAUUGGAAUGAGUGUUGAUUUUACAGCACAUGUUAGUUAUCAUUUUCAAGUAACUAGUAAAAGAGAUAUUCAAAAUGGUAAAAUAGUUAAAGUUUCACUUAAUAGUGUUCAGGAAAGAUUAGAGCAUACAUUAACAGCGGUAGCCUGGCCAAUGAUACAAGCUGGUUUAAGUACAAUAAUGUGUAUUUUACCAUUAUUAUUUUUAAAUAGUUACUCACCAUUAGUUUUUGUAAAAACUAUUUUUCUUGUUGUAACAUUAGGUUUUAUACAUGGAUUAGUAAUUCUUCCUACUAUUUUAACAGCUCUUCCAGAAUUUAUUAAUAAUACAAAUAUUUAUCAUACAUUUUUGUCAUCUUCGAGUACAAGGUCUUGCAGAUAUAUGGGUGGAAAUACAAAAAAUAAUAAUGAUACAAUUUCAUGUGAAACAAAAGAUGGUUUAGGAAAUGAUUUAAGAAAUGAAAAAUGA